AUGGCUGCGAUCUCGGUGGCGGCGGAACCGAUCGGGCUGGGUCCGCACGUCACCAAUGCCUUGCUGACGUCGUUCGUGCUGUCGGCGGCGCUCGUGAUCUUCUCGUUCGUUCUGGGCCGGCGGCUGCAGGAACGUCCGGGCGGCCUCCAGAACGUGGUGGAGAGCGUCAUCGAGGGACUCGACAACCUGGUCAAGGAUGCCGCCCCGGCGCGCUGGGCUGAGAGGUUCUUCCCGAUCGUCGCCACCAUCUUCCUCUACCUGAUCGUCGUCAACAUGUUCAGUCUGCUCACCCCGUUCCUGGGAGCGAUCGGGCCGGCCCACUCGACGUCGGAGGGCGGCAUCGCUCCCGAUGCGGAGAGGUUCGGCAUCCCGCGCGUGGUGCUGAUCGGCGGCGAUUUCGAGGACCUGGAGCCGCUGCACGGGGGGACCCAUGACGCCGCCGCGGUCGGCGGCCACCAUGCCGACCACGUGCUGAUCGUGCCGUUCCUGCGCGCCCCCUCGUCCGAUCUCAACAUGACCCUGGCACUGGCGCUGAUCACCGUGAUCCUGACUCAAUGGUUCGGCCUGCGGUCGCACGGCGCACGCUACCUGUCCACAUUCCUGCCACUGGGCGGGCUGCGCCGCAAGGGCUUCGUCACUUGGGCGAUCGAGCUGUUCGUCGGCGUGCUGGAGGGGAUCAGCGAGCUGGCGCGCAUCGGCUCCUUCUCGUUCCCGGCUGUUCGGCAAUGUGUUCGCGGGAGAGCAGAGACAUUCCGGUAUCUGGCCGCCGCUCUGGCCAUCGGCGUCGGCGCGCUCGGCCCCGGCAUCGCUAUCGGUAUCACCGCACUCGGCGCCAUGCAGUCGCUGGGACGCAACCCGGAAGCGCACGGGAUCAUUCGUACCAACAUGCUGGUCGCCAUGGCGUUCGCGGAGUCGGUGGCGAUCUAUGCUCUGGUCAUCACGCUCAUCAUCCUGUUCGUGGUGUAG